CCCGAACUGCGAGCUGCGGCGCUCAAGCUCACCCUGGCCUCAGUGAGGGAGCGCGAGCCCUUCAAGGGCUGGAUCCGCGAUGUGCGGGUCAACUCGUCGCAGGCGCUGCCUGUGGACAGUGGUGAGGUCAAGCUGGACGACGAGCCACCCAACAGCGGUGGGGGCAGCCCGUGCGAGGCGGGCGAUGAGGGCGAAGGAGGUGUGUGCCUCAACGGAGGCGUGUGCUCCGUGGUAGACGACCAGGCCGUGUGCGACUGUUCGAGGACCGGCUUCCGUGGCAAGGACUGCAGUCAAGGUAAGGCCUGCCCGACCCCCGUGGAGCCUCGGCCUGGGCUGGGCGGGAGGCCGGUGCAUGGGGCCUUCCUCCUUCCGAUGCCUCCAGGUGAAGGCCUGUCCAUCAAGGCCAGGCUGCCCUCCGCAGAUAGCUCAUCCCUUUGCAGCCUCUUAAUGGGCGAACCUCCUUCAUUUCCCGAGGCCCUGACCAUGCAAGUCUACCUCCUUCCAAGUGACAAGUAG